UCGGUAGCUGGAGCGCGUAGUGUUGGCAAGGCAAGGUUUUAUGAGGAGAGUGUGUGCGGUAGUGGAUAAAUGGUGUAGUGGAUGUGUGUAAGAUGAGCAGGACUCCUGGUAAAAAUAAUAUUGAAGCGGAAUUUGUGCAAAUAGACUCGAUUAGAGCGUGGACGCAGCUGUAUCAGCGCAUAAGGGAUGAGAGUUUAAACAAUGAUUACACACUCAUUGAAGCAAAGAAAGCAGAAAACAAGAAUCUUAACAGGUAUAGAGAUGUCAGUCCAUAUGAUCAUAGCAGAGUUGUUCUCACAAAGGGAUCCUGCAACUAUAUCAAUGCAAAUCUUAUCACGAUGGAAAGGGCACACCGUCGGUAUAUCUUGACACAGGGCCCUUUGCCACAUACAACAGGCCAUUUCUGGUUGAUGAUUUGGGAACAGAAGUGCAAAGCAGUGCUUAUGCUGAACAGAAUAAUAGAAAAGAAUCAGGUUAAAUGUCAUCAGUACUGGCCUUCAGGUACAAAACCAGGCGUGGAUGACAGACUGGAAUUGAAAGAUGUUGGCCUUGUUGUAGAGUUUGUCUCAGAGACUGAAGCCUCAUACUAUACAACAAGAGUUCUGAGGUUGAUAGAUGAAGUGACUGGAGAGAGCCGGCAGAUUCUACAGUUCCAUUAUACUACAUGGCCCGACUUUGGCGUGCCAGAGAGCCCAACAGCAUUCUUAAAUUUCCUGACUGUAGUUCGACAGAGUGGUGCACUGGACCAGAAUGUAGGGCCACCAGUUGUGCAUUGCUCAGCUGGAAUAGGGCGUUCUGGUACUUUCUGCCUUGUCGAUUCUUGCCUUGUUCUUAUUGAGGAGAAUGGUCUUGACUCAGUAAACGUUGUGGAUGUGCUACUGGAAAUGCGGAAGUUUCGUAUGGGUCUCAUUCAGACGCCGGAUCAGUUAAGAUUUUCUUACUUGGCAAUUAUUGAAGGUGCGAAGAAACUAAUUAACAACAAUCCUUUGCAUGAUUACAAUAAUGUGGAGGACACAUCUUUGAACCAUCAUGAUGGUUCAACAGAGGAGACUUCGGCAGAUGAAGAUGACACAGAUGAACCACCUCCAUUACCUCCACCACGAGGUGAUUCGUUGACUCGGUCUAAGUUGGCUACAAAUAAUCAUGGUAUGAAUGGAGGAUUUGAAGCCAACAAACCACUUCCUGUGGAACCUGAGGUCUCUCCAGAGCAAGAGAGUGUGGAAAGAUUGCUUGACUCAGCACUUCAAGAUAAGGAAGCCAGUGAUGAUACACCUCAGCUACGACAUCGAAGGCAUGAGCGCCAGGAGCGGCUUUUGAGGCUGACAGGACGUAUACGUGAAAUAAAGCGUAAACAAGAAGCUGCCGAACAUUCAGAACAACUGUGGAGGUCUCUGUCAAAGCCAUUAGCUGUUGGUUUUGGUCUUGGGCUUGUUAUGGGCGGAGGCUGGAUUGCUUACUGUUACUUCUCUAACCGUGUUUGAUCAAGAGAGAGAUCAUCAAACCCUGGAGGUGUUUGUGCUGCGCUGUCGGCAUAUAGGAUAUCUCUUUUCAGUGUAAUACAUUAAUUUAUGCAUGUUGGGUAAUGAUGUCACUGUGGUUAAAUUACUGUGGACUGGUUGGUGUUUUAUAAAUGCUAAACAGACUGUGUUAGUUGGGAGCGAUUAUGACAUUUUCAUUAUUUCUGCUAGAAUUAAGUCUGUGUUUUUUUGUCCACUGACUCUUUGAGAUGAAUAGUUGACAAAUUUUGCGUACAGGUGUUUCCAAAAAUGUAACUGGUGAUGUUUGUCCCAUUGCGAAAAUGGUGUUCAGUGACUGUUUUGGAGUAUAGAUACUACCGGUUGACAAACAUUGCCCUGGGUAAACUUGAUGUACUGCCUUACAUCAUAUAGUAGUUAAAUUUGCUGCGUGGGCUGCCCCCUUAUUGGAUUGGAUUUUUUAAAUUUUUAAAUGUUUUGCUCCAGGAAUUUUUCUUGUCUUUUCUUCUACAACAUUUGAAAUGUGGUCAACUUUUAAAGAAAACAAACCUCUCAAAGUGUCAAUUAUUGUGUGUUGCAAGUGAAGUGGAACAAGACCUGUUAUUUUGUUUAGAAGUGCAUCAAAUGUGUAAGUGUUUGGCUGUUACUAAUAAAUUGCUCCUCGUGGCAAAAUUUAUAGCAAUCCAUCUUUUUGUUGGUAGGCAUUCUGUGUGACCUUGAGAUCAUUUAUUCUUUCUUACUCGUAAUUUCAAACCAAUACAGAUCAAUUACAGGAAUUAAACAACCAUUAGUUUAGACAGUAGUCUUAUUCUGUUGAUAUUGCAUUCACAAAUCACCAACUCCAUUACCCAAAAUUGAUUGUUAUUAGAGGGGUUCUUGAGUUGUACACAUUUUGUGUAAACCUUCACCUGUUAGCUACCAAAUUUAGAGAUGUACUGGGGUGGGGGCAAUUUCUUGCUGUUGAGGCUGUAUGGAUUUUUAUUCAACAUAGUGAUGAAAGGAAAAUGGUCAGAUUCGAAGGAAGGAAGGGGAAAAAAAAGUUUGUGAUACAGCAGCUGUGUUGUUCUUUCAUACCUUUGUCACAAAUGUGAGUUUAUUGGGAAUGAGUGGUGAUGUGUUUAUUUUCUGCUUGUAUUAUCAUUUCAGUAAUGCACAAAUUUUUGUUAAGAUUUUGUAUUUUAUCACUUGAAAAGUUUAAUGUUCAGUGUGAGUGCCUGUAAAUUUCUCACCUUAGGUGGGGAGCCUGUAUAUGAAAAUUUUCCUUUUAUUUCUGCUGAGCUGUAAAUCUUUCUGUGCUAGUAAAUAUUUUAUUUAUGUAGUUAUUUUUAUGAUGACUAGUAUUUACAGGUUAUGUUUUGGCACCAGAGUUUGGAAUUGCCUGUACUAUAGUAGAUUUAAGCGUGUGAAUGGAUAUUCUGUUAAACUAGUUUAUAUUU